GCGGACAGAACUUUAUUCCCUAACACAGUGGCAAAAUGUCGACUGUCGAAGCAGCUCCGAGACCUUUGCGGGUAUCUCCUCUUAUAAAAUUUGCACGAUGGAGUCUUCUGUUAACUGGAAUCUUAUAUGGAGCCUUUCAUCAACACAGAUUCAAGAGAAUAGAAGACGCACGUCGUGAGAAAGAAUUACAAGAAAAACCUAUGAGGGACGCAAAACUUGCAGAAGAGAAGAAAAGAAUAUUUGAAGCUGAGAUGCGAAUGCUAGAGGAACUGUCCAAGUGAAAAUAAAACACUACAUUACUGCAUUGUUAGUAUAGAUGAUUAUUAUUAAUAAAUUUAUCCAAUAAAAACUUCUUUAUGUAAAUUUAUGUUCAGAAUCCACAGUAGAUAUUAAGUG